AUGAAAAACUUCACCUCUCCACGGAAGCUUCAAGACGUGGGGCACGGUGGAGAUACACAAGUCAAUGAAUCACUCAACAACCUUAUAUCACACUAUGCCCCAAAGAACAGAACAUACUGUGGCUCUGUUUCCCUCAGGAACCGUGUUCCGAUGGCAAUCGGUGUUCACCUCCUCGGAUACGAUGUCUUCUUUCGGCGAUUAUUCGCUAGACUGGGAAUGGAGGUUGAAGAGGGAACUGACUAUUUCCUCCGCCGAUUGCAGAAGGUGCGAGAUGAUGAGGCAGCCAAAAUAAAGAAGGUAGAGCACAAGAAGAAGCGAAAGAAAGAAAUGUAUGACAAACUACUGGAGUACCAGGAGAUGCUGAGGGAAGAUCGCGACAACAAUCGCCAAUAUAAAGCCGGCAUUGCACUUGACUCCGGUUAG